UGAGGAGAGGCUGAGAUGUGCUCACUGCCUGACUUUGCUCUCCUCCACCUCUCACAGAACUGCCGGUGCAGGAGGGCAUCACUCCGUCCGCCACGACUGAGCUGCGGAUAUGCGACCACGUCGGGGGAGUCCGGUGGUUCUGUAGGCAAAAUCAUUGGUGCCAGCGUCUUGUUUGUGGGUGGAGGAGUAGGGGGAACCGUCCUGUAUGCCAGCUACGAUCCGCGCUUCCGGGAGAAUGUAGAGAAAGCCAUUCCCUACUCUGACAAACUGUUUGAGAUGGCACUCGGUCCUGCACCUUACAGUGUGCCCAUGCCAAAGAAACCGAUACAGCAAGGUCCACUGAAGAUCUCAUCCGUAGCAGAAGUAAUGAAAGAAUCCAAACAGCCUGUUCCCAAAUCCCAGACAAGCCAAACAGAAGCUGUUGCUCCUCCAGAGGAAAAAGAAGCAGGCACAGCUGCAGCACAGAUCAUCUCUGCAACAGGAGUAGCCAUGUCGGUGCCAGCUCCAGGGAUACAGACUGAAGAAGAUAAAGAACAUGAGGAUUCCCAUGCUAUAAAGGAACGAUCACCAGAUGAAGUUGCAGCUCGUCUUGCCCAGCAAGACAAAGAGGAGCAAGAGAAGAUCUCAGCCCUUGCAGCAACACUGGAAGGAGCCCUGAGCUCUACGGCUCGUAUAACACUUCAGGCAAUCACUGCGCAGGAAUCUGCUGUGCAAGCAGUGAAUGCUCACUUGCAAAUACUGAAGGAGGCAAUGGACGACUCAGAGACUGCUGGGGAGAAAAAAUCAGCUCAGUGGCGCACUCUGGAGGAGGCUCUGAAAGAUCGAAGGAGAGCAGUGGAUGAAGCUGCUGAUGUCCUUCUGAAAGCCAAAGAGGAGUUAGAGAAAACAAAAGGUGUAAUUGAGAAUGCCAAGAAGUCUCAGAUCCCAGGAGCCAAAUCUCACAUUAUUGCUGCAGAGGAAAACCUUCAUCAUAUGAUAGUUGACUUGGACAACGUAGUGAAAAAGGUUCAGGCAGCACAGUCUGAGGCCAAGAUCGUGGCUCAGUAUCACGAACUUGUGGCUACAGCAAGAGAGGAGUUUCAGCGAGAACUUGACAGCAUCACCCCUGAUGUGCAGCCGGGCUGGAAGGGGCUCAGUAAGUCUUGGGUGAUGGCAGUGAAGUAACCAUGGAGCAGUUCAUAGAGCAACUGUAACACAGUGUCUGCUUUCAGGAUUCCCUGAUUCUGAGCUCCCUGAUUCUUUUUAGAUAACUGAAAGAGCGAAUUCACUGCUCUUUACAUACUUUACUUAUCCUGGUAUGUUAGUUCUAAAUGAGAGUGACACAAGAGCUGAUCUGGA